GUAUUAUCAAAAACUACUGAAGUCCUCGUUCUGGACCAACAUGCAAUCCUCUGAGGGGGAAAUCUCAUUCGCAAUUCCGGGCGUAAAAGAGCAGUGCUUCACAUGGUACAAGACAGUCGGCGACAUUAAAAGGGCAACGCCUUUAAUCUUUUUACACGGUGGACCCGGAGCUGGCCACGAGGAUCAUUUUCACCUUGCCGAAACACUCGAGUCAGGCAAUAUACCUACCAUUUGGUACGACCAAAUCGGCUGUGGGAAUUCAUCUCGGAUAAUGGAAAAGGCUGAAGAUGAAAAGUUCUGGGGUUUAGACCUGUUCUGCGCCGAGCUCGAUAAUCUGGUCGACUCCUUGGGCUUGCGUGACGGGUUUUAUCUCCUUGGACACAGCUGGGGCGGAAUGCUUGCGAGUACAUACGCCGGGCGACAACCGCGCGGCCUCAAAAAGCUCGUGAUCGCUUGCUCAAUGGCCAAUUCAACCAUUGUGAACAAGGAGUUGGAACGGCUGUUCAGAGCACUCCCUGUAAGCGAUGAAGUGAUGCAGAUGGAUGCAGAUGAAGAUUACGACAAUCCAGUAUACCAAGAAGCACGCGACAGGUUCGUGAAGAAACACUUUUGCACGCUUGAUCCGUUACCUCCAGUCUUGACGUCGGCAAAAUGGGAAGACAGCACCAAAAUGUGGCCGUCGAAUGGGAGAAAAGGAUUCUCCAUGAUUCGAAAGCCGGGCUUUAUGGGAAGAUAUGAUGCCACUGAGACAGCGGGAAAUAUUAAUGUGCCUGUGCUGCUAUUGUCAGGUCGGCAUGAUACCAAUAACGACGUGAUAAUGAGACCGUGGUUCGAGUUAGUACCUAGAGUUAAGUGGGCGGUGCUGGAGAAGUCGGCGCACUUUCCUGCGCUGGAAGAGCCCGAGAGGUAUGCUGAGCUGCUCAAGAGUUUUCUGGCACAGGCCCCGUGAUGCUAGUUAAACAGAGAAGAAAUCUUAGCGUCUGAUAAGGAUGUAAAAGAAAAGUAGUUCUGGUGCUGUGUGAUCUUCUUACCUCUCUUCUGUAAUAAUAGGUAAUACUACGGCUAAAAUGAC